AUGGUUCGUGUCGGUGAUCACCAACCCAUCAUCACCUUUCUUUCAUUGUUUGUUGAUUGGUUUACAUGUCGUAGUAGUAGUAGUUGUUGUUCGUUGAUAACAAUUGAUCAACCAGAGCAAUGUAAGAAUGUUAUGUUGUAUGAUCAUCCACUUUCAAAAAUCUAG